CAUGACUUAGAAUUGGCAGCGGUGGUAUUUGCUCUCAAGAUUUGGCGACAUUAUUUGUAUGGUGAGACUUUUAAAAUUCUAACUGAUCACAAAAGCUUGAAGUAUAUUAUGGAUCAGAAGGAUUUAAAUAGUCGCCAGAGGAGAUGGAUAGAGUUGUUGAAAGAUUAUGAUUGUACCAUUGAUUACCAUCCAGGUAAAGCUAAUGUAGUUGCUGAUGCUCUGAGCAGAAAGGGGAAGAAGAAUAUAAAUGAUCUGGUUGAUUUGAGGGCAAUGAAUGUGGAUUUGGAAGUGGAUGGUGUAAUAGGGUUACUAGCUCGGUUGAACAUUCGACCUUUGUUGCAUGACAAAAUUCAUGAGAAGCAGAAGGAGGACCCAGAGUUGGCAAAAAUCAUUCAAGACAUUGAGGAAGGAAAAGAAAGCCCAUUUGAAAUGGUAGAUGGCAUGUUGAAGAUUAAUGGAAGAGCAUGUGUUCCUAAUGUUGAUAACUUGAGGAAAGAGAUCCUAGAUGAAGCUCAUUCUUCUGCUUAUGCUAUGCACCCAGGAGCAACUAAAAUGUAUCACACGAUCAAACCAUAUUUUUGGUGGCGUGGGAUGAAAAAGGAAGCGGCUGAACAUGUUUUCACAUGUCUAGUAUGUCAGAAAGUUAAGGCAGAACAUCAAGCUCCCGUAGGAAAACUGCAACCACUUCCAAUUCCAGAAUGGAAGUGGGAAAGAAUCACAAUGGAUUUUGUAUAUGGUCUCCCGUCAUCAAGGGGAAAAGAUGCAGUAUGGGUUAUUGUGGACCGACUAACCAAAUCGGCUCACUUUUUACCCAUUAGAUGGAAACCAUCACUGGAGACUUUGUCUCAACUAUAUAUUAAGGAGAUCGUCAGAUUGCAUGGUGUGCCAAUUUCUAUUGUCUCUGAUCGAGACCCGAGCUUCACAUCUCGGUUUUGGCAAAGUUUACAUGAUGCCUUGGGAACUAAAUUACAUUUUACUUCAGCUUAUCAUCCUCAAACAGAUGGGCAGAGUGAACGAACCAUCCUAACCUUGGAGGAAUUACUUCGAUCAUGUGUAAUGCAAUGGGAGGAAUCAUGGAUUGACCAUUUGCCCUUAAUUGAGUUUGCUUACAACAACCAGUACCAUAGUAGCUUGGGUGUCCCACCAUAUGAAGCACUUUAUGGGAGGAAGUGUAGAACACCAUUAUGUUGGGAUGUAGAAGGAGCAAGGCAAAUCUCAGGGCCAGAGAUAGUUCAGAUCACCGUUGACAAGGUCAAGGAAAUCAGGGAGCGGUUGAGGGUGGCUCAAGAUCGACAGAAAGUUUAUGUUGACACGAAUAGGCGUGAAGUUAAUUUCGAAGUGGGUGAGAAAGUAUUUCUCAAAGUGUCACCAUGGAAAGGGGUGAUGAGAUUUGGUAAGAAAGGGAAACUUGCACCUCGGUAUAUUGGACCCUAUGAAAUCACAGAGAAGAUUGGACCCGUGGCAUAUAAACUAGCAUUGCCUCCAGAGUUAUCCCAAAUCCACAAUGUAUUUCAUGUUAGUAUGCUGAAGAGGUACAAAGUGGAUCCUUCCCAUGUCAUACAACCAGAAGAGAUCGAGUUGGGUACAGAUUUAACAUUUGAAGAAGUCCCAGUGCAGAUUGUUGACCAUCAGGUUAAAACUCUUCGUAGAAAGGAAAUUCCAAUGUUGAAGGUUGUGUGGAGGAAUCAAGAUAGUGAGAGUGCUACCUGGGAGACUGAAGCAAGUAUGCGAGAGAAGUACCCUGAGUUGGUAGCAACCUACUUUGCAGGUUAACAAUCUUGCUUAGUAAGUUAUGUUUUGAACUUGCUGACGUGUUUUUGUUGUGAUAGCCCAGUAUAGGUUUUUGAAACCUAAACAUGGGAACUUGAGGUGUUAUGUGUUACCUUCUAUGUUAUGAAUUGCCUGACCUAAGAGUUAGGUAAUGACUUUAUGUGUGAUAGACCAAGUUAAGGGUUAGUAAGAGGAGUUAGAGUACGACUCAAGGUUAGAUUUCGGGGACGAAAUCUUUGAAGGAGGGGAGAAUUGUAACAUCUCGUUCCGACAAAACUCAUAUUUCGAUCGCUAGAAAGUUCGCG